GGGUGCGUAAGCGUUUCUUCCUACGCUUCGGAGGCGGCCACCCUAACGCUAACCUGCAGCCAUGGUGGUCAUUGAACUUCAAGUAGAUUUUUGGGUGUUAUCGUUAGCUGACGCUAUUAAUGGAUGGGAUGAGAUCAACAUUUCUUGUGAACGUGCCAAAGACCAAGAAAACAUUCUGUAAGAACAAGGCUUGCAGGAAGCACACGCUUCACAAGGUAACACAGUACAAGAAGGGUAAGGAUAGCCUUUCUGUUCAAGGGAAGCGCCGCUAUGACAGGAAGCAGUCUGGUUAUGGUGGACAGACGAAGCCUGUUUUCCACAAGAAGGCAAAAACUACCAAGAAAAUCGUGUUGAAGCUUCAAUGCCAAAGUUGCAAGCAUUAUUCGCAGCAUCCGAUAAAGAGAUGCAAGCACUUUGAGAUUGGUGGAGACAAGAAGGGGAAGGGGACCUCUCUCUUCUAAUUUGUCUUUGUUGACAUUUCAGCAUUACAUUUUUAUGUGUUUAUGUGAAAUGGUAGCUUGUUCUAUGCUGAUUUUAGUUUAAACUACUGGAAUAUCAAUGUUGGUUAAUUUUGCAUGUGGUUUAAAAUGGAUAUGCAAUAUUCAUCAAGUUUAUUUGUGUA